GUCGGCACGUUUCGCCAGUCACACAGGAUCCUCUCGAUGGGCCAGCACGCAACAUUUAUCUUUUUAUUACACUUUAAUAAAAAUGAAACAGUUGCGUAAAGAUAUCGAUAAAGAUGGCCGUGGAAAGAUGGUGCUGGUACCUGACGAGGAGGAGGACAUGUGGCACGCAUACAACAUCAUCAACGAAGGUGACUGUCUGCGCACCACCACCACUCGCAAGGUCCAGCAGGAGUCUGCCACUGGCUCAUCAACCUCCUCACGUGUUCGCACCACCAUAACCAUCCAGGUGUUGGACAUCCACUAUGACACUUCUGCGUGCUUGCUCAGGGUCAAGGGCCGCAAUGUGGAGGAAAACCAGUACAUCAAGAUGGGAGCCUACCACACAGUGGACCUAGAAGCCAACCAAAAGUUCACGCUCUUCAAGGAACACUGGGACUCGGUGACUCUGGAGCGUGUCGAUAAUGCUUGUGACCCGGCCAGGAAUGCAGAUUUGGCUGUAGUGAUGCAAGAGGGUCUAGCAUAUGUGUGUCUCAUCACCUCAGCUAUGACAAUCGAACGGGCUAAGAUUGACGUGAACAUCCCCAAAAAAGGAAAAGGCGACGACACCCAGAGAAAAAAGGCAAUCUCAAAGUUCUUCGAUCAGGUGAUGGCAGCCAUCAUGCGUCAUGCUAACUUUGACCUCAUGAAGGUUGUGCUCAUCGCUUCCCCAGGCUUUGUGAAGGAUCAGUUCUUUGAACACAUGAUGAAGAAUGCAGCACAGACAGACAACAAAGUUCUCCUGGAAAACAAAGGCAAAUUUGUUCUUGUUCAUUCCUCAAGUGGCUUCAAACACUCCCUUAGAGAGGUGCUAGAAGACCCCUCCUUGAUAGCAAGACUAGCAGACACCAAGGCAGCCGGGGAGACGAAAGCUCUACAACAGUUCAUGACCCUUUUUGGAACCAAUCCAGACCGAGCCUACUACGGAAUCAAGCAUGUGGAGAAGGCCAACAAUUCGCAGGCGAUUGAGACCUUGCUUGUGUCAGAUACACUUUUCAGGUCAAAAGACUUAGACGAGAGGCGUAGGUACAUUCGGUUGGUGGAUGAUGUCAAAGAUAAUGGUGGUGACGUCAAAAUUUUCUCCAGCUUACAUGUGUCAGGGGAACAACUCGACCAGAUGAGCGGUGUGGCUGCCAUCCUUCGUUUCCCAAUGCCCGAAAUUGAGGAAGAGGACCAAGCUGAAGAGUCAGACGAGGAGUGAGGUGGAUUGCGGCACAAGGAAAUAUUUUUUCCCACGUUUUUUCUUGAUUACGAUACAAUAAAAGAUAAUCAAAUUGAUAAUGAACCGAAAUUUUUUUUCUUUUUUUUCUUUUUUUUUUUCUCUCUCCUUUUUUUUAUAAUAAAUUCUUAUAUUCUUAUACAUUGUUACUUUCUUCUUUAUUGUUUUCUUCCAUUUUUCUCAGAUGUAUCAACAGUUGUUUUUCCACAUACAGCGACAAUUACUUUUUUGUUUUAUUUUUUGUCUAAAUGAUGUUUACUUCUGUUAUGAGCUCUAAUGUGUAUUUACCAAAUUAUUACAUCCACUCAUGGUCUUUAAAUGCUUGAAUUAUAGUAAAAAAAAAAAAAGAACAGUAAACCAAAGUAUUAGUUUGCACUUCGCCACCUUUUUAAAAGUCCAUAAAAUCACAUAGUUUUUGACACUUAACUCCCUUUUUUUUUAUCGCACCAUUGUGAUAGAGUCUCUAGUUGAUGAGUGGGUUGUGAUUUGUUGUCAUUUCUUGCUUACGUCAGGUGAAAGGCUUUAUGGUUUGAUCCAUUGUGAUAGCUCCGCAUUCGUCCUCGUGGAAGUCGGAAUUCUCUCCCCGUGUGGCAGGUUUCGUGAGACGCGUUUCUACACCUUGAGACUGAAUGCGAGGCUAAGCUAUGAGACUGAGGCAUGUGCGAGUGUGCGUGCAUUUCGUGGAUGAGAAAAAGGACCCUCCUUUAUUCGGUGUUCAUGUUGCAAUCGCUUCAAAGGCUAAACGAUGAAUUAAUAAUGCCUUAAUGUCAUCUGUAAACUACUCAGAUAUGAUCACAUACGAAUAUGAUCAUCUAUCAAUAGUUCAGUUGUGAAAGGGUAAAUAUUUUAAGAUGGUACAUAGGAUCUGUUCUUUCUACGUUUAUGAUCCUAUGUACUUUCCAUUUAUUGUUAUGCAAAAAAAAAAAAAAAAAAAUUAUGUUUGUACCUUUGUUAAGGUAUGUAUAUGUUGGUGGUUUUAAUACAUUGUGGCAGUGGCUAUUUAUUUCAGAAAUAUACAAAGCAAUCAGGAUUAGUUGCAAUUUUUUUUUCAAUUUUUUUUUUGGUUUUUAUUCAUAAAUACCAAAUGAUCUUCAAUUUGUUGGAAGAUAAUUAUUACUAUUAUUGUAUUUAUAUAAAAGAAGGACUUUGUAAGAAGGAAUAAACAUUUAGUCAAUAACUAAUCAUUAUAUUACCCCUGAUAUUGGGAAUGCAUCUUUCUGACUGUUCUGUAUCAGAAUAGCAAAUAGUUAUUCUAGACAGUUUGAUGAAUCUAACUGUAGUUAACACAUUGAAGCUUAAAUAGACAGCAAAAAAUAA